CUCACAUCAUCUACAAGGUUAAUUAACUCAAAAGUCCAAAACAGAAAUCACUAUUUGAAAUUUUGAACACAAAAUAAUCUUCUUUGCUAUCAACUCAAUGGACCCUUUUCUCCAAACUGUCAUCUCUUGCCUCCUUCCUUUGCUUCUUAUUUUCAUAUGUUACCACCUUAAAAAAUCAUCAUCAUCAUCCACUAAUUCUCAGCCAAUUAGUGCCCCUGAGGCCGCCGGGGCAUGGCCAAUCAUAGGCCACCUCCAUCUCUUUGGAGGCAAAAACCUGACUCACAAAACAUUAGGAGCCAUGGCAGACAAAGACGGUCCAAUCUUCACCAUAAAGCUUGGUUCACACAAAGUUGUAGUUGUCAACAGUGGUGAAAUGGCCAGAGAUUGUUUUACCAUUCAUGACAUGGCUUUCUCCACAAGACCAACCGUAGUAGCAUCCAAGUUGCUCGGCUAUGACUAUGCUAUGUUUGGUUUUGCACCUUACGGAGCUUAUUGGCGUGAAAUGAGAAAAAUAGCAACAAUUGAAUUGUUGUCGAACCCAAGACUAGACCUGCUUAAGCACAUAUGGUCUUCGGAAGUGGAAACUUGGGCAAGAGAGCUUUACAACAAGUUGUGCUUGGAAAAGGGUAGUGAAGAAAAUCGAGUUUUGGUUGACAUGAAGAGAUGGUUUGGUGACUUGACAAGUAAUAUAUCUCUGAGAAUGAUUGGUGGGAAGAGGUGUUUUGGAGAGACUAAUACCAAGUCUGGUUUUGGUGAUGGGGAGGCUAUUAGAUGUAGAAAAGUUAUGAGAGAUUUUGCUUAUUUGUUUGGUGUCUUUGUUUUGGCUGAUGCUAUACCAUUUUUGGGGUGGUGGGAUUUGAAUGGUUAUAAAAAAGCUAUGAAGAAAACUGCUAGAGAAUUGGAUAUCUUGAUUACUGGUUGGCUUGAGGAACAUAAACAGAAGAGAAAAUUGUUUGGUGAGAAAGGAAACAAUAAAGAAGAGAAGGAUUUCAUGGAUGUGAUGCUCAAUAUCUUGGAUGACGCCAAUGUUGAUGGUUUUGAUGCUGAUACCAUUAAUAAAGCUACUUGUCUGAACCUUAUGCUAGCUGGAAGUGACACAACCAUGAUAGCUCUAACAUGGGCCUUAUCUCUCCUUCUCAACAACCCAAACAAACUCCAAAAAGCCCAAGAAGAGCUGGACCACAUAGUGGGCGGAGAGAGAAACGUGGACGAAUCAGACAUCCAAAACCUAGUCUAUCUCCAGGCCAUAAUCAAAGAAACCAUAAGGCUUUACCCACCAAGCCCACUAGUGCUACGAGCUGCCAAGGAAGACUGCACUCUCACGUGCGGCUACCACGUGCCCAAGGGAGCACGACUGAUGGUCAACACUUGGAAAAUUCAACGCGACGAGCGAGUGUGGAGCGACAACUCGGACGAGUUCGAGCCAGAGCGGUUCCUGACGAGCCACAGGGAUGUGGAUUUGAGAGGGAAGAGCUUCGAGAUGGUGUCGUUUGGUGGAGGGAGACGGUCGUGCCCGGGAGUGUCCUUGGCUUUGCGUAUGGUCCAUUUGGGUCUGGCUAGGUUUUUGCAUGGUUUUGAAGUUAGUAAAAAAUGGCCAAAUAAACAGGUUGAUAUGACUGAGAGUACUGGCUUGACUAACUUGAGAGCUACUCCACUUGAGGUUUUUGUGGCACCUCGUCUUCAUUCCAAGCUUUAUGGAUAGAUUUGAUUUUAUACAUAUAUAUAUAUAUUUAUGUGUGUGUGUGUUUUAUAUAUAUUUUUAAUGUUUGAUGACAUUGUUUUAUACUUGUAAUGCCAUCUAGUUUAUGUAAUUAAGAAGGGAAAAAAAUAGUAAGCCUUGUUCUUUUGGAAAAAUACCAAAAUAAAGUUUUUCUUUAGAGUAGUUUUAGAUCUUAAUUUGGGGAGACAAAUUAUAUUACAUUUUAAAAAAUUUGAAUGUAAUGUUGUGCUUUCUUUUAUAUCCAUGUGUUCAUUUCAUGUUUUGAUGAGACAAAUUAUAUUACUCUUAAAUACAUUUGAUGUUGAUGA